UACAAUCGCCGUAACCUUCAAAAUUGAAGAGUUCCUCAUGCAAACAUGGCGGCCAGAGUGGUUUCGUGUCCUAUUUGGUGUCGUUUUAGACAGGCAACAUGCUUGAGAAUGACUGUAAAGUAUCAGACUCACCGUCUCCUACAUGUAUAUACAAGGCAUAUGGCACCUUUUGUAGUCCCUACAACACACUGUUCCUCUACACAUAGAUACAGUCUUCCCAUCCAAUCAAGGUGUAUGAGCACAGACAAUGCUCCUACUCCUGGUAAAGAACCUAACACUUCUAUACCUGGAUUACCUUUAGUUGAUGCAGAGAAAGGCAAUUUAGUGUAUUAUGGACCCAUCACAAAAAGCAUAAAAAUAGUGAAGAUAUUCUCAGUGUCAACAAGUGGAAUAGCAUUGUCUCUACUGCCAUUUGUUAUGCCGAAUAUUUUGGAGCUACCAGCAGUGCUACAGUUUAUGUUGGGGAGUGGAGUGAGUUUCUUCAUGUUGGGAACACCUUUGCUGAUUCAUGCCUUAACCAAGCGCUAUGUGACAGACUUGUACUAUAAUAAAGACUCCAACACAUUCACAGUAUCCACACUGACAUUCUUUUGUCGUCGUAAAGUUAGAGUGUUUACACCAGAGGAUGUUACAUUUCCUAGCAUGGCAUCAGUUCUGUGUUUCAUGAAGGUGAAAGGGACACCAUUUUUUGUUGAUCCAUCUAAGUUCAGAAGUAGAGAUGCCUACAUUAAACUUAUGGGAUAUGAUAAACCAAUGGACUUCAGUGAUAUUGAAGGUUUUGAAAAAAAGAAUGAAGAAUGAAACUGAAAGAUGACAUUUUUACUUGAAUAUAAUGUGAAACAUUUGUGCUCAAACAUUAGGUAUGAUAUUAAAAUAUUUGAAAUAAG